AUGGCGGUGCCCAAGGUGCGGCCGCGGCGGUGGACGGUGCAGGUGGAGGGCAGGAGCAGGGACUGGCCGCUCUCCUUCAACACGGUGUUCUGGAACCUCAACUACUGGGACAGCGCCAGCACGAUGGCCGGCGAGGUGGAGCGGCCGGAGCGCGCGUUGGGUGUUGCGGUGGUGCUGAUCGCUGCCAGCUACCUGCUGCCGCUCAUGGCGGCCACGGACGCGGCGCCGGAGGCCUGGACCAACGGCUACUUGGCCGAUGCUGCAGGGCCAAGAGGUGGCUCAGGUUUGAAGGGCAGCAGGGACAAGGAGAUCAUGCUGCCGCAUCUGCACACACGGCUUGAAUUUGAACAUUGA